GUUGUCAGAUUUCCCCAGACGCGGCGGGGGCCGGGAAGAAGGCGUGUGGCCGUAGUUCGCGGUGGCCCCGGUGGUGGUGGGCUCCGAGUGGGCUCGCGUCAUCCUGCCCCGUCUGCGAUGCAUCCGCGGCGCCCGGACGGAUUCGACGGCUUGGGCUAUCGGGGCGGUGCCCGGGAUGAGCAGGGUUUUGGCGGCGCUUUCCCUGCAAGGUCCUUCAGCUCCGCGUCGGACCUGAGCCACUGGGUGACCACUCCGCCAGACAUCCCCGGUAGCCGCAACCUGCACUGGGGCGAAAAGAGCCCGCCCUACGGCGUGCCAGGCCCCUCCACCCCGCUCGAGGGCCCCGCGGAGGAACCGUUUCCCGGCGGCGGCGGCGGCGGCGGCGUCGUGCCGGGGCAGAGCACCGAGCAGUUGAAUAGAUUUGCUGGAUUUGGUAUUGGCCUUGCAAGUCUCUUUACAGAAAAUGUACUGGCACAUCCUUGCAUUGUUCUACGCCGCCAAUGUCAGGUUAAUUAUCAUGCUCGGCAUUACCAUCUCACUCCAUUUACAGUCAUCAAUGUUAUGUACAGCUUCAACAAAACUCAGGGACCAAGGGCCCUUUGGAAAGGAAUGGGAAGUACAUUUAUUGUCCAGGGAGUCACACUUGGAGCAGAGGGAAUAAUAAGUGAAUUCACACCUUUACCAAGGGAGAUUUCACAUAAGUGGAAUCCUAAGCAAAUAGGAGAACACCUUCUACUAAAAUCCCUCACUUACAUGGUGGCAAUGCCUUUUUAUUCAGCAAGUCUGAUUGAAACAGUACAGAGUGAGAUCAUUCGCGAUAACACUGGAAUUUUGGAAUGUGUAAAAGAAGGAAUUGGAAGAGUGAUUGGCCUCGGAGUGCCUCAUAGCAAACGACUGCUCCCACUUCUUUCCUUGAUCUUCCCUACGGUGCUGCAUGGGGUUCUUCAUUACAUCAUCAGCUCAGUCAUUCAGAAGUUUGUCCUCCUAAUUCUAAAGAGAAAGACUUACAGUAGCCGUCUAGCUGAGAGCACUAGUCCGGUGCAGAGUAUGUUGGAUGCUUAUUUUCCAGAACUUAUUGCUAACUUUGCUGCCAGUCUUUGCUCUGAUGUUAUACUUUACCCAUUGGAAACAGUUCUGCACCGCCUUCACAUUCAAGGAACACGCACAAUCAUUGACAAUACAGACCUUGGCUAUGAAGUGCUUCCCAUUAACACACAGUACGAGGGAAUGAGAGACUGUAUCAAUACCAUAAGGCAGGAGGAAGGAGUGCUCGGUUUUUAUAAGGGGUUUGGUGCUGUUAUAAUACAGUACACACUGCAUGCAGCUGUUCUACAGAUUACCAGAAUUAUUUACUCCACCCUUCUUCAGAAUAGUGUUUGAGGUUUAAGUUUCUGGUUAGUCUAAAAGACAUAAUCUGGAUACUUUGUUAUGAAAUUAUGAGAGACAAAAGUGAAAUACUGGGGGGAAAAUGGAUUAGAAAGCAAAACUGGUAAAAAAGCCCACGCUGAUUAUAUUGACUCUUCAUUUUUUAAAAGGCAUAGGUACAUAUUUUGAAUGAAAAGGGUUCCAAAUUUGAAACCUCCAUGAAAGUAACACUCAUGCAUUGAAUUCUAGCUAGUGUAGCACUCAUGCUAAGCUAAAAAUGAUCCUGGGCAGAAGGAAAAAUUUGUCAGCAAACAUAAAGCAGAAUUUCACAGAGCUGAAUUUAUUCCAUCUGACUUUAAUAUUUAUUAGAAGUUUAUUUCACCUAGAUUGAUACUGCUAUAUCAUCCUUAAUACAGUGUAUAUAUAGUAUCAGUAUAGUUUAUCUUUAAGUAAAUAAACUAUCAUCAAUGAUAAAGAUGAGAAGGGCUAGAUUUGACCAUGUGUAAGCAGGACUUGAAGAGUUUUAAAUUGCAUUGUCCCUGUAUAACUUUUUAAUGGCUGUAUAUUUAUUAUAUAAAGCCAUUUAUGUACACACACAAAACUCAAAAUUUCCUUCAUCUCUACAAAUUUUCCACUCUGAGAUCAGCUUAUUCCAUAAGAUGAAGUCAUGUACUUUCUGCUUGAAUAUCAGAACAAAACAUUAAAAGACAAGGUACCCAAAAGAUUUAAGGCAAACAGCGUAUUUGUCCAUGUCCAUAUCCAAACCCAGCGUUUCAAUGCCAGCAACUGAAAAUUCGUCAUAUGUUUAUAAAGCUUGAUUUGCUUACCUAGAUAUGUGAAUCAUCAGGCUGUUUAUAGAGCCACUCCUAAGAUAGAAUAGAAAAUAAUCAUGACAACUAUUACUGUUUCCACAUUUACAAAUUGUGUCCUGAAAGGAAUGUGACUUGCCUUAUAUUUCUGAACGACUUGUCUUAGAGGAGACACAAUUAAAAUUCACAUGAAAAUAUGUGCCUCUCGCCUUCCAUAUAGUCGUCAUUAAAUAAUGGCUUCAGUUUUUAUUUUCUUCUAGUUUUUGUUUAUAGUUUCAUUCUCCAAACUAGAUACACAUAAAGGGAAAAACAAGUUUAUCCUUACCACCUUUUAUUUAAACUUGUUUGAAUGAAUAAUGAAGAAAAAAUAAAAACCUUGAAGUUUGUCCUUGCUUUUUAUGGAUGAGAAAAGAAGUAAAUCUCAAAAAUAAUAAGCAAAAACAUGGUUGUCGGUUCGUUUAAAAAAAAAAAAAUUCUGCCUGUUCCUAAGUUGAAGUUGGUGGGUGAGGUUCUUUGUAUAAUAAAAUAAUAAGCAUUUCACUGAUCCAUCAUUAAACAUAACUAGAAUUUU